GAUCGGCCAAUAGAAGACAGGCUUGUACGAAUCGAUUUCUGAUUGGUCUAUUUUAGGAAGAAUGAAAGUGGAGAGGUGGCCUACGUCGGUAGCUUCUUCUGGUAAUUGCCCCUGAAGAGAAAAAAAUAUGGCUGCCUUAGAAAGGGUGAAGGUGCUUGUGUUGGGUGAUUCAGGUGUGGGGAAAUCAUCACUUGUUCACCUAUUAUGUCACAAUCAGAUGCUAGGAAACCCAUCCUGGACUGUGGGCUGCUCUGUUGAUGUCCGUAUUCAUGACUACAAAGAAGGAACUCCAGAAGAAAAGAUCUAUUUCAUCGAAUUAUGGGAUGUUGGUGGUUCUGUAGGCAGUGCUAGUAGUGUGAAAAGCACACGUCUUAUGUUCUACAAUUCAGUUAAUGGAAUCAUUUUAGUGCAUGAUUUAACCAACAAAAAGUCCUCACAAAACUUGUAUCGAUGGUCUUUGGAAGCUCUCAACAAAGAUGUGACUCCAUCUAGCGUCCUGGUGACAAAUGGAGACUAUGAUCGGGAACAGUUUGCUGAUAACCAGAUUCCACUGCUUGUCAUAGGAACAAAAUUAGACCAAAUCCCAGAGACAAAACGCAAUGAGGUCUUGAGCAGAACUGCUUUUCUGGUUGAGGAUUUCAGUGCAGAAGAAAUCAAUCUGGUACCUACAGAGGGAGCCAUAGCAUCAGAUAUCUUGAACUUCAAAAGAGCCCAAAGAUCUCUACAUUUUUCCUCCAUUUGCUCUAAGUGUGUGUAUUAUGCAAGAUUUAACAUGGAGAGGAUGAAAGAUUGUACAAGUCCCCGUUACUUGGCUGCAGGUUCCUCCAAUGCUGUCAAGCUCAGCAGAUUUUUUGAUAAGGUUAUAGAAAAGAGAUACUAUAUACGAGAUGGUAAUCAGAUCCCAAGCUUCUCAGAAAAAAAAAGAAUGGGAAGUGGCUUUGUAAAGAAUUUUCACUAUGACUGAUUCUCUGCAUGCCAUCUAUAGAGCGUUGGAAAAUGAAAUGAAUUGCCGUGUGUUGAAUGCAGCGUUCUGGUGCUAAGCAAAAUCGGAUUCUAUCCUAAUCACAAAGUGUACAGAACUGUGUCUUCCCAGAUUUAUUUAGAAAGAAGCUGCAAUUCACUAUCCAAGAAACAUAAUAAGUACCUAGGUUUGUUGUAGAGUAUGCUGUCUCAUAUUACAUUUUUCUUCAUUAUUAUUAAUUUGCUAUUAACAAAUAACAAGUUACUGAUGAACGGAUGGCUAGGAAAGAGAUUCUACAACAAUUAUACUAACAGCAUUCCCAUUUAUUCUAGCAGAUACUGUGGAAUAAGGGAUCUCUGACUUAAACAUAUCUAUGAAUAAUAAUGGCUCAAACACAAAGGAAUAGUAUCAGCAAAGCAAGUUUGCAAAUAAAUGAUACAAUUCAAGACUUUAAAAAUAACCAUGCAUACCUAUUUAAUAGUAUAUUCUACUUCUCAUACAAUUUCUAAGUGUCAUUAAUUAUAUGGUAAAAUAUACAAAGAAAAUUUGGGGAAGAAGAAAAAACAACUCAGUGGCCACAAAUGUUUUGUGUUCCUGUUUUAUGGUAUCCUCUACAUUUUGACAUAAUCAAAUCUUGUCCUCCAGAUAGAAGAGUCUGAAAAUUUAUGUACAUUUUAGGGGUGUGCAAUAUUUCAAAUUCUAUUAGAGCCUGCCCAUAGGAGCUGGGUACAAUUUCAUCUAUUCCUUUUUUGGAUUUACACAUUUUAUUAGAUUAUAGAAUAAAAUACUAUAAAAUAUAAUCUUAGAUUAUAGAAUAAAUUAGAAAAGCAAAUUAUAAAAUACAGUGAGGAAGAAAAGGGGAAAGACAAGUGAGAAGGGGAGAAAGAAAAGUAUUGACUUCCGACUCUGCAGAAGAAUAAAGCAUUAACAUCGAACCUCAACUUUUUUCUUUUCAUAAUAAUACAAACUAGCCAUUUCUAUAACAAUGAAUCAAUCUAAUCAGUAAAACCCAAAAUCAAUGUUUCAUUUUUUUCCACCUCAAGCACAAAGUCCAGAAGCAGUGUCUGUAGCAACAAAAGUACUGAUAUUCUUUUCUUUGAUCGAAACAGUUAAUUUAGCCAUCUCUGUCAGCUCCAUCAGCUUCUGUAGCCAUUCGUCCAUGGUGGGAGUCAAAGUGUCCUUCCAUUUUUGUGCAUACAGACAGUAGUCUUGCUGUCAACAUUUAAAAAAUCAAAGUUCCAAUUUUUUUCUAAGUCUUUUUCCAUUAAAUCCAAACGAAAAGUUUAUAGUUUCAUCUUUAUCUUCAUUUUAAGAAUUUUCUGUAUUAAAAUAUGAAUCUUACUCCAAAAUGUCUUUGCUUUAUCACAUGUUCACCAUAAAUGAUAAAAGGUGCCUUCUUUACUUUUACAUUUCCAACAUUCAUCUGGAAUACCUUUAUACAUUCUAGAUAACUUAUCUGGUGUUAGAUACCAGCAGUACACCAUCUAAUAAAAAUUUUCUUUUAAAUUAUAGUUUAGUGUGAAUUUUAAACCUUUCAUCCAUAUAUAUUCCCAUUGUUCAAGCAUUACAUUAUAUCCAAAAUUCCUUGCCCACUGAACCAUAUGUUUUUUCAUGUUCACUUUCCAAAUUCAAUUUCAGUAACAUUUUAUAAAUCUUAGCAAUAUGUUCAUCAUUACCACACAGUAAGAUUUCCAAUUCAUUUUUAACAAAAUCAAACCCAUAACUCUAUCUAGUUUAAAUCUUUCAGUUGUUGAUAUGUAAACCAGUAGUGGGUUCCACUUACCUUCGCUACCAAUUCAGAAUCGGGAGAGUGUAUGCGGCGCUUCUGCCCAUGCGCAGAGUGUCCGUGAUGACGUUGAGGUGGGUGAUUGGAGCCUCCUGCCACUACCGGUUCUCCUGGACCAGGGCGAACUAUUAGAAACCCACCACUGAUAUAAACCAAUGGCAAAUGUAACCUAAUUCUAGCUCUUCCCUCAACUUUAGGGUAGGGACACCAGAGUCGAUAUUAUUGUACCAUAGGUCCACCCAUCUGGCUUUGUCACCAUAUCUUUUGUAAAAAAAAGCUUCCUCAGGAGACACCCAAAAGAGGCAAAUCCAUAGAAAACCUUACUUGAUAUUUAUUCCAAACUCUUAGUAUAGCAUGUCUAGCAAAGCGAUUAUUAAAAUUAACUUUGUCAUACCAUGGAUAACCGUGCCAACCAAACCUUAAUUCAUGGCGUACUAAAUCAAGUAGCCUCUUGUUCUGAAGGUUCACCCACUCUUAACCAGGCCAAACAGCAUGUAUCAAAAUACAAUUUCAAAUCUGCUAAAUCCCUUCUUUCAUUAGCAUCUUGCAAUAACUUGUAUCAAAUUCUAGUUUUUUUCCCUUGCCAUAUAAACUUAGAAAUGUCCUUCUGCCAUUGUUUAAAUGGAUUAUCAGUUGCAAGUAUUGGUGAUGUCUGCAAUAGAGAGAGCAUCUUUGGUAAAGUUCAUCUAUUUCUUAGCAGCUGCCAUGAGGCUCACUAAAAAAAACCCUGCUGUUUUAAAGAAUGCAGACAAAUCUGGCACUUGCCUACUAUAAAGCACAGUUUAGAAAUUGAAUUUGAAGCAUUAUGCAACUACAACUGUUAUCCCUUGUGAUUAUACUCUGUGAGCAGAAACCCAAAGUAUCAAUUGUAUUCUGAAGAUGAGGAUAACUUAUAUGCAAAGCCCUCUGACAAAGAAUAAAGAUUUUUUUAAAACAAGAA